AUGGAAGCUCUACACGCGCUCUCACUUCGCCCCCUUGCACAAUUCCAACCAGACACCGACCAAAUUCGACGCAACCUAAUAAAAAAAGGUGUCAAUCCCACACCAAAAAUCGUCCACAACCUUCGCAAGAAACAAAUUCAAAAACACAAUCGCAAACUCAACCGCCAAGCCCAGGAGUCCCCUCCACUCUCCAAGACUCAGAAACAAACAUUGGAGGAAGAGCAGCACUUUCAGGAAAUCAAACAUGAAUACAAACAAUUCACAAAAGCAUUGGAACGAAAUUCGGAAGAGAACAAGGGUUUGUCUUUGGUGGGGAAGCCAUGGGAAGGGGUUCAAAAAGUUGGGUUUUUGGAGAGAACGAAAGAGUUCCAAGGAGUAAAACUCAAGAGGGAGAGUUUAAUGGAGUUGAAGGAAAUGUUUCAUGCUCGGAAAAUGGAUGAAUUGAAAUGGGUUUUUGAGGAUGAUCUUGAAAUUGACGAGGUUUGGUUUGAUGAAAGUAGUGAUAGGAAAAAGACUAGUAAACGUAGUGAGGUUCAGGUUGUAAGGUUUCUUGUUGAUAGAUUGUGUGAUAGGGAAAUUGGGGCUAAGGAUUGGAAAUUCUCGAGAUUGAUGAAGCUUUCGGGUUUGCCUUUCACAGAGGGUCAGUUGUUGAUGAUUCUUGAAAUGCUUGGUGUUAGAGCUUGUUGGAAGCAAGCUCUAUCUGUGGUUCAAUGGGUGUACGAUUGUAAGGAUCGCAGAAAGUUUCAAAGCAGGUUUGUGUACACAAAACUUCUUGCAGUUCUUGGGAAGGCAAGAAGGCCACAGGAAGCUCUUCAAAUUUUCAAUUUGAUGCGCGGAAACAUUCAUGUAUAUCCUGAUAUGGCUGCAUAUCACAGCAUUGCUGUCACACUUGGUCAAGGUGGUCUUUUAAAAGAGUUGCUGAAUAUCGUGGAAUGCAUGAGGCAGAAACCCGAAACAUUUAAAUAUAUGUAUCGCAAAAACUGGGAUCCAAGUAUUGAACCUGAUUUGGUUAUAUAUAAUGCUGUACUUAAUGCUUGUGUUCCAUCAAAGCAAUGGAAAGCUGUGUCAUGGGUUUUUCAGCAACUGAGGGAAAGUGGUCUGAAACCUAAUGGAGCUACUUAUGGACUUGCGAUGGAGGUAAUGCUGCAAUCGGGCAACUAUGACCUUGUCCAUGAGUUAUUUCAAAAGAUGAGGAGCAGUGGGGAAGUUCCAGAAGCCCUUACAUAUAAAGUGUUGGUGAGAACUUUUUGGAAGGAAGGUAAAGUUGAUGAAGCUGUGAAAGUUGUCAGGGACAUGGAAAGACGGGGCGUUAUGGGAACAGCUAGUGUAUAUUAUGAGCUAGCAUGUUGCCUUUGCAACUGUGGUAGAUGGCAAGAUGCUAUUCUAGAGGUUGAGAAGAUAAAAAGACUUCCUCACGCUAGACCCGUGGAGGUUACUUUCACCGGCAUGAUUAGGUCAUCAAUGGAUGGUGGGCACAUUGAUGAUUGUGUAUCUAUAUUUGAAUUUAUGAAAGACCACUGUGCUCCUAACGUAGGGACAGUAAAUAUCAUGCUGAAAGUUUACGGCCAGAAUGACAUGUUUUCUAAAGCUAAAGUUUUAUUUGAGGAAGUUAAGGUUGCAAAGUCAGAUUUACGACCCGAUGCAUACACGUAUACCUUAAUGUUGGAAGCAUCUGCCCGUUCACAUCAGUGGGAAUACUUUGAGCAUGUGUACAAAGAGAUGAUUCUCUCGAAUUAUCAUUUUGAUCAAAAUAAACACUUGGCAUUACUUCUUAAAGCUUCAAGAGCUGGCAAGUUGCAUUUACUGGAGCAUGCAUUUGACAUGAUUCUGGAGGCUGGAGAAAUUCCUCACCAUCGUUUCUUUUUCGAGUUGGUGAUUCAAGCUAUGACUCGAGAUGAUUAUGAGCGAGCAGUAGUGUUACUUAGCACCAUGGCUUAUGCGCCAUACCGAGUAACUGAAAAGCAAUGGACAGAACUGUUCAAAGAAAACAAAGACAGAAUUGAUCACGAAAAUCUAGAGCUGUUGUUGGAUUCUCUUGGUAAUUGCACGGUUGUAUCAGAAGCAACAGUCUCAAAUUUAUCAAAGUCAUUGCAUGUUCUUUGUGGAUUAGGUUCAUCAACAAACACUUCAAGUAUCCAUUUGGGAAGUGAAAAUGUCAAUGGUCUGAAAGAGGCAAAUGAAAGUGCUGAACCUUGGAAUGACACUUUUCUCGGUACUGAUCAAGCUGAACCAGAUACAUUUACCUUUAACCAUGAUCAAGUCGACAGUGUGAACAAUAAUGAUGUGAUGGUUUCCAUGCCACAAAACUCUGAUAUUGAAGAUAAAGUAAGUAUACAUGCCGAUAAACUGAAUUCUUUUGAUCAUCUGGAACAUGACAAGUCUUCAGAUGAUGAGCUCUCGGAUGACGAAAGCGACGAAGAUGAUGAUGUUGGUGAGGGAGUGAUUGACAAGCCUUCAGCAUAUCAAAUAUUGGAAGCAUGGAAGGAAAUGAGACAGGUGGAUAGGAGUUUGUUAGACUCUGAAAUUAAUUGUGGCUAG